AUGCGUGCCCCCCGCCAGCCCGGCGCCCACUCCCUGCGGCUCCUGUCCCUGUUGGUUUUCGUGAUGGGGGCGGCCCCCUCGCCGGCCCUGACGGCCGGCUGCCCUGACAGGUGUGUGUGCGACGACCAGCUGGUGGUACAGUGCGCCGGCCAGGAGCUGACCCUGUUCCCCGCCGAUCUUCCCCUGGCCACUCGGCAGCUCAUCAUUUCCAACAACCGAAUAGGGGACCUCCCGGCGUUGCAGCUCAACUACCUGUCAGACCUGGUCUACCUGGACUGCAGCAACAACUCCCUGACGGAGAUCUCCGAGUCCACCUUUGGAAAUCUGCGUAAGCUGGCCUAUCUGGACCUGUCCUUUAACGCCCUGCUGCAGAUCGAUGAGCGGACUUUCGGGCCCCUGGCGUCCCUGGUCAUGCUGCGGCUGACGGACAACCCGGGUCUCGGGGAGAUCCACUCCGAUGCCUUCGCCGAGAAUCCGGCUCUACAGGUCUUGGACGUGAGCCGGAACAACCUGACAGCCCUUAACAUCAGCGGUCUGAUCGGCCUGCCGGCCCUCAGGUCUUUGGGACUCACCGGGAACCCGUGGAGGUGCGACUGCGACACAGAGGACCUCUGCCUUUGGGUCCAGAUCGAGAGCUUCAAGUUCCAAGACGAGGGCCAGACGGUGUGCCAGAGCCCGGCCGAGCUGGCGGGCCGACGUCUGGCCGAGGUGGGCAUGCAGCUGCGUGCGGACUGCCACCAGGGCCUGGGCUACUGGGACUACCUCUUCUUCGUGGCCAUCGGCUUCGUCAUCUUCUCGGCCGGCACGGUGUCGGCGUGGGUGAUGGGCGUGCUCAUGGUGCUGUACGAGCGCUACAGCAAACGUAAGAGCGAGGAGCUGGACUUCGACGACGAGGACGCCAGGGGGGGCGGCGGGGGCAAGCAGGGAAACGGAGACGUGAACAAGCCCGGCGUGCAGGUCUGAGGCCGCCGAUGACUCUUGACACCAAAGACUCCAUCCGUGGAUCUCGUGCUCUCGGGCUGUGUUCGGAAUCGCAUGAUAGAGCGAGGUCGCCAUUUUGUGGUGCUGUUCGAAUGUGGAUUACGGCUUUUCCCCCGAACAUAUCCCACAAUGCAUCUUGAAAAGUAGUGAAGGACCGAUGAUCACUAGAAGAGCAAACGGGAACUCUUCACAGGUGGGAAGGGAAGAGGGACCGAGCCCUCCCUCGAUUAGCAGAUAUCUGCGACUAAUUUACACCCGCAAGAAGGCUUUUUAAUGCAUACAUGCUACAUAUGCUAUAAAAUGGUUGCAAAACGCUGCUAGUGAAAUUCCUCAACUAACUUCCACCUUUAGUUCCUGAGCACCAGGAUGUCGCAAGAUGGCACCAAACCAAUGUUUAACUUGGGCAAAAACAUGAAUCACGAAUAAGUGAUGUUUAAAGCCAAUAAUGGCACGCUUUUAGCCCACCCCCCCCUCGACCCAAAAAAAAAAAAAAAAUCUGACUAUGACGUAUUUCGGGAAUACAG